AUGUUAAUGUUUGGUUUUAUGACUGUUUGCAAUAUUCGUCAGUCAAGAGGUCGAGUAGCUAAUAGAGAUACACUGAUUGUUUCACACACGGUAACAACCAAUACAAAUCCACGACGUCGAAUGUCCAAGCAAGAUCAGAAUCUAUUAAUUAUGCUUUUUGUACAAAUUUUUAUUCUUGUCGUAUUGUCUGUUCCAUUAGGUUUUCAGAAAUUAUACGCAGUAAUAAUGGCUGAUAGAACAUCAUCUGCAUUACAAGUAGCCAUUGACAAUUUGGUUUAUAAUCUUGCUCAAUUACUUCAUUUCUUAGGAAAUGGAAUGCCAUUUUAUAUUUAUACACUAGCUGGUGGAAAAGUGUUUCGUAAAGCUUUAUUCAAAUUUUUCAUCCAUUUAAGACAUCACAAUUUUCAUAGAUCACGAUGA